GAGCUUUGGAGUACAAGGACGGAUCCGAAGCUUUUAUUGGCUGCAAUACUACACCACCCAUCCUCUUAUUGCACUCCAGACCAGAGGAAUCCCCUCCACGGCUGAAAUUUGGUCAAGAUGAACUUGUCGUACUUGGUGGCUUGUGGACUUAUGGUCACGCUGCUUUCGGGGAGGAUGGGAGCCAAACCUUUAACGCAGGCACAGCAGAAGUCUCUUAGAAGUUUGCUGGGCGAGGAGCUGACGGACCUGCUGGAGUCAGAGGAGCGGGACCGGCGGAUAGAAGCUGUGCGCUCUCGGAUGCGCUUACUGCGAGAUUUACGCGUGGACACCCGGGCCAGGGGGAUGUGGGCUCGGCUCCUCAACGACCAGCCCGUGCCUAGGAGGCACAAAUCUGGAAACAAGAAAGCCGGGUCCACGGCGCGGAGUGGCUGCUUUGGACACAAGAUGGACAGGAUAGGGACCAUCAGUGGCAUGGGCUGCUAGUGUUGGAACACAGACUUUGACGAUCUCCGGAGGAUGGGUUUGGAAAAACUUCACUUUGUUCUCACACGAGGGAAAAAAAACAACUCACCAGACGGGACAGAUUUUCGGUACGAAAGUCACCAUGACCAGCAUUAACAGAGACUGAGAUGACAAUGCUACAAAAGCCUCAUAUAAAUAUAAAUAUGCAGGUGUGUAUCCGUAGAUGUAUACCACACGACAUGUUCAGACAACGGUGUAAAAACUACAAACCGCAAAGCUGUAUAUUGUUUGCUACUGCUGCUGCUGUAAAUUCAUGUACUACAUCUUCCCCUGCAUAAAUGUAUUUAUGUUAAGAACUAUUUAUAUGUUUAUAAAAAAAAGAGA